AUGCUAGCGUCAGGUAGCCCUCCCACAGGAAAUGUGCCUGCAGAUACACCUGAAAAGGGGAGUUCAUCUGGCGGAGAAAAUGACCCUCUAGUGCAGUACGUGGUGGUACGCCGAGACUUGACGGCGGUGUUGCAGUGGCCUUUGGGGGCAGUUGUGGCGCAGGCCUGUCACGCUGCGGUGGAUGCGCUGGGGUUGGCCAUGGAACGGGACGGAGAGGGGGCGCGAAGGUAUCUGGCUGGAGGCAGUAACAUGAGGACUGUAGUUCUCCAGGUCUCAGAUGAGGGCGAAUUGCUUAAGCUUAGGGACAAAUUGAGGGGCACCCGUCGCCGACUGCACAACGCAACAUCAUCUUCUUCGUCAAUAGCGGAGGCCGCUAUUGAGCGCCCUACCAAGUUUAAAGUACAACGCCUAUCUGAGGCCGUUGCGAGCGAAGCUACGUGCCAAGACCAUGGUUCCACAACCGUCAGCAUUCCCCGUGAAACAGACGGAAGCCAUUACUGGGACGUGGACACCGAACAAGCAGCGGCUUCGGACUAUCCGUUCAAAUCUACAACCUCGUACAUCGUGCCUCCGAGCCGCCCGGCGAUUCAUCGGCCUGUCGCGAGAGACCCCGUCCCAGCUGAGGCACAGUUCGCCACGUGGCAACCUCCACUUCAGCCAGCGCACCCCAGAUCGCUUACUAUAGCUCUCAUUGGCCCGCCGAAUGCUGGAAAAAGCUCUUUGCUAAAUGCUUUCCUUGGCGUUACGGUUUCCGCCGUAUCCAAUAAGGAAGAUGCGGACUUGGGGAUUCUGGUCAUUGAUGCUGUCAAACGCCCGACACAGCAAAUCUUCAAUGUUGUUCGAGUUUCGGAAAUAUCGAAGUGCUCAACUUGCUCGCAUGAAGCCAUGACAAGCGGCAUAGUCCGCUCCCCAUCUUUGGACGAAAUGUGGGAGGCUGGGAUUCCAGGAACGCUGCGACAUCGCCUGACUAGGACGUAUAUAGACGAUGAAGUAGAUGGGCAUUCGCCGGCAAUACCAAUAGUUCUAUGCCUCAAUAAGAUCGACUUGGCGUCUCAUCCGAAGUGGAUUCGUGCUCGUGAAAGAGAGUUUCAGUGA